AUGUCGGCUGCCGGCCACCUGGAUGAGCUGCAGGUGCAGCGGUUAGAGGAGAUGUGCAUUGUCAUUGAUGAAAAUGACCGCAUCCUCGGGGCUGAGACCAAGAAGAACUGCCAUCUUCGGGAGAACAUCGACAAAGGACUGCUGCACCGAGGCUUCUCCGUGCUUAUCUUCAACACAGAUGAUGAGCUCCUGGUUCAGCAGAGAUCGGACGCCAAGUACACGUUCCCAGGCCACUUCUCCGACUCAUGCUCCAGCCACCCACUGUUCACCCCAGAAGAGUGUGAGGACAAGGACAAGCUGGGAGUGCGGCGAGCAGCCCUACGCCGGCUGCUGGCAGAGCUGGGAAUUCCCCCUGACCAGAUCUGCCUGCAGGACAUCAUCUUCAUGACUCGGAUUUACCACCACAGCCCGUCUGACGAGGUCUGGGGGGACCACGAAGUGGGCUACCUCCUGUUGGUGAGGAAGAACCUCACAGUGAAGCCCGACCCCCGGGAAGUCAAGAGCUACCACUACAUGAGCAGGGAGAAGCUGGCCGAGCUCCUGAACAGGGCGACAAGGGGCCAGGAGCGGGUCACACCCUGGUUCCGUACCAUUGUUGAGGGCUUUCUGUUUCGUUGGUGGGAACACCUGAAGGAUGUGUCCCAGUUUGUGGAGCCUGACACCAUCCACAGGCCGGAGGGCACACGCAGUCCUGGCCAGCCCCCGAUGGAGGGUGGAGUGGGGUCCCUGCCCCCUGACACAGCCUAAGCCUGCUUCACACCUGC